AUGGAAUCUGUGAUUGAAGCAAACAAUAAAUUCACCGUAGACCUCCACAAAGCCCUCAAAAAUGACCAGAACUUCACAAGCAAAAAUCUGUUUUACUCACCGAGUAGUUUGAGUAUUGCUCUAGCUAUGACUUAUAUGGGAGCGAAGGGGGAUACAGCUGUACAGAUGGCACUAGCUCUGCACUGGAAAGCGAUACCUCAAGAACAACUAAACAGUGAAGAAAAACAGUAUCUUCAUGCUCUUCAAGAAACAAACGAGCAAGGGAACGAAUUGUUGGUGGCAAAUCGACUGUUUGCGCAGAAGGGCUUUAGCUUGGUGCAAGAGUUCGUUGAGGGCACGCAGAACAGUGAAGAAAAACAGUAUCUUCAUGCUCUUCAAGAAACAAACGAGCAAGGGAACGAAUUGUUGGUGGCAAAUCGACUGUUUGCGCAGAAGGGCUUUAGCUUGGUGCAAGAGUUCGUUGAGGGCACGCAGAAGUAUUACGAAGCUGAAAUAGCUAUGGUAGACUACCAGAAGGAUGCUGAAGGCGCAAGGAAAGAGGUGAACGGCUGGGUUGAAGAGAAGACGAAGCAAAAGAUUAAGAAUUUAAUUCCCGAGGGAGUGUUUAACUCGCGUACGAGACUGACUUUGGUGAAUGCAAUUUACUUCCAGGGUUUUUGGCAAAGUCAGUUUAAAAAAGAGGCAACUUUUCCUCAGCAAUUCUUUGUCUCCAAAGAUGAAAAAGUGGAAGUGCAAAUGAUGCACUUAGCAGCAAACUUUAAGCAUAUUAAGGACAGUGGAGAGCUGGCCUGCCAAGUGCUCGAGCUACCCUACCAAGGAAAGGAUCUUUCCAUGUUAAUUUUUCUGCCCCGUGACACCUAUGGGCUGGCCAAUUAA